AUGAGCCGCAAACGGAAUCUUGACACCGGCCCCGGUCCUAUUCCCCAACGAUGGAUACACUGUCCUCGAAAAGCCUUUUCUAUAGUUGGAGACAAAUUCUUAGCAUUCAAAACUCCGCUCGAUACAAGAUACGAUAAUCAAGUGGAGGAUGAGUUCUUUCAUCCUGAGAUGGUUUUUACUUCAGCCAAAAAUAUGAAAUUGAAGCUUGGCCUCUGGAUUGACUUGACCAACACCAGCCGGUUCUACGACAAGAAUAUAGUUGAACAAAUGAAUUGUAAAUAUGUCAAACUCAGCUGCAGGGGACAUGGUGAAACACCAAAUCCUGAAACAGUGAACCUGUUCAUCAAAUUAUGCACACAGUUCAUCUCACAGAAUCCAUUAAAAAUUAUUGGCAUUCAUUGUACCCAUGGGUUCAACCGAACUGGUUUCCUGAUUGUAUCAUAUUUGGUGCAGGCCAUGGACUGGUCAGUAGAAGCUGCAGUUAAUGAAUUUGCUAAAGCCAGACCUCCUGGAAUCUACAAGGAAGACUACAUCAACGAACUGUUUCAACUUUAUGGUGACAUAGAUGAUGCUCCACCAGCUCCAGCACUUCCAAUGUGGCAUUGUGAAGCUGAUGAUGAUACACCCAGCAAGGAGGAGCCAGAAGCUACAGAAGACAACGAGGAUGAUGACCAAGCAGGCGGCAGUGCGGGUGACAAGAAAAAAAAACCACGACGAGAAGCAGCACAGAUCAAAGCCGUAUUCAUGGAUGGAAUCCCCAACGUCAAACCUGUAGCAGAUAUGGAUGUUACAACCGAAGUGCAAAAGCGGAUUAAAAGCCUGACGGGGUUCAAGCAGUCUGGAUUUCCUGGAUGUCAACCAGUAUCAAUGGACAGAAAGAAUAUUACUUUACUUCAAAAACCCUAUAUGGUGUCAUGGAAAGCUGAUGGCACUAGAUAUAUGAUGUACAUCAUGGGACCUCGCCAAGUUUACUUUAUCGACCGAGACAACGCUGUGUUCCAGAUUGAAGGACUUUCGUUUGUCUCGUCGCGAGACCGUUCCCGACAUUUGCUAGACACAUUAGUAGAUGGCGAGAUGGUCAUAGAUAAAGCCGGAGGAAUGCAACAUCCACGUUACUUGAUCUAUGAUCUCGUUUCCCUGGAGGGGAACCAAAUCAUGAAAGAAAAUUUUUCAGUUCGCUAUCGCACCAUUAUGAAAGAAAUUAUUGAACCUCGGGUAGAAGCCAUGAAAGAAGGAAGGAUUAUUCGUGAACGCGAACCGAUUGGCAUCCGCCGUAAAGAUUUUUGGGAUGUGCAAACUACUUCCGCCCUGUUAGGAGAGAAAUUUACGAAGAAACUCGGUCACGAACCUGAUGGUCUCGUAUUCCAGCCUAUUGAAGAGCCCUAUCAAGCAGGCCAAUGUCCGACUGUCCUUAAGUGGAAGCCUCCGUCACACAAUUCCGUCGACUUUCGGCUGAAAAUUGUCACAGAAAACCGUCCCGGAAUGUUGCGAGAGCGUCUUGGUCAUUUGUAUGUUGGUGGCAAGAAUGACACACCUUUUGCAUUCAUGAAAGCCACCAAGGAAAUGAUCCCUUUAGAAAAUAAAAUAAUUGAAUGCCGAUAUGAGAUAGGCAAUGGCCGACAAGAAGGAAAAUGGGUCUUUAUGAGGCAACGAACGGACAAAAGUUUCCCCAAUAGUUUUAAUACAGCCACAGCGGUCUGGCAGAGUAUCCGCGAGCCUGUAACCAACGAGAUAUUAGUGGACUUUAUUCACAGCUUGAGAGAACCGCCACGGCAACCUAUGCCUCCCCCUCCUCGUCCUCCACCCCAGCGAAGACCACAUUAGCAGAUGUUUUCUCUGUUUCUCUUCGUCAUCUUUGUCCUCCUACACCACUUCCCUUUGACGUCGCUCAGUUUCCCGCCAACUGUUUUAUAAACCCUAGGAGGUGUUUCAAAGUACGACUUUGAAAGCAGUUAGGGAAUGAAGGAUAAUAAUAAAUGGUUAAUUUAACCCUGGAAGACU